AUGACCCUCGAUCACGAUCCUAGUUUUGAGCCCCUAAUGAUUCUAAUUAGUGUAGAGCUCAACAAACAUGGCAGUGGCGAAGAAGCAGCAGCAGAGAAGAAAGCUCCAAACCCCAAUGGUGAAGAAGACUGUGUUGGAGUUGUAGGAACCGAGUCUUUUCAGAGACCCAUUUGGAAAUGCUUCUCUUUUGAAGAAAUCUCCGAGGCCACCGAUGGUUUUAGCUCAGAUAAUUUGGUCGGAAAAGGAGGCUAUGCAGAGGUAUAUAAAGGAAUUUUGAGAAAUGCAGACGAAAUAGGUGUGAAAAGGCUCACAAAAACAGCUUCGGAAGAGAGAAAAGAGAAAGAUUUUUUGACUGGGAUUGGAACCAUUGGCCAUGUCCACCAUAGAAACAUUUUAUCACUCCUUGGUUGUUGUAUUGAUAGUGGUCUUUACCUCAUUUUCCAAUUCUCUUCCAUAGGCUUUGUUGCUUCUCUUCUCCAUGGUGAAAAUUUGACACCUAUGGAUUGGAAAACAAGGUAUAAAAUAGCCAUUGGUACCAUUUUCGUUUUCUUGAAGCUAAAGACAGCCAAAUAUCGAAGCCAAUAUCUGAAAAAGAAAGGAAAAUAA